AUGAGCACGAGCCAUAAGCGCCUGUCGAGUAUCACCAAGCAUCUCAAGGUUGAGCCGGACACGACCAGCAUGGCCCAUCAUGAUAUGGACGUCUUCAAGGAGGUCUCACAAGCUCCGCCAGACAGCAUCUUCCAGCUGACGGCAGCGUACAAGGCCGACAAGCACGACAAGAAGAUCAACUUGGGCGUGGGAGCUUACCGCGACGAGAACGGCAAGCCAUGGGUCCUUCCCGUCGUCUUGAAGGCAAAGCGAGUCAUUGCGUCCGACGAAUCGCUCGAUCACGAGUAUCUGCCCAUCACCGGCUUGCCCGCAUUCACAUCCGCUUCGGCUAAGCUCAUCUUUGGCAAAGACAGCCCUGCACUCGCGCAGAACAGGGUGGCAGCUGUGCAGACGAUAUCCGGCACAGGCGCGAACCAUCUCGCCGCGCUCUUUCUCGCCAAUUUCUUCGGUCCAUGGAAGGGUAAAUCCGAAAAGGUCAUCUAUAUCUCAAAUCCGACCUGGGCCAACCACAAAGCGAUCAUGACCAACGUCGGCCUGAAGCCCGUCGACUACAAGUACUAUGAUCCCAAGACAAUCGGCCUCGACUUUUCCGGCUUCCUCGCAGAUCUCACAAGCGCGCCCGAGGCUUCUGUCUUCCUUCUUCAUGCAUGCGCCCAUAACCCAACAGGUGUCGAUCCAACCAGAGAUCAGUGGAGACAGAUAGCAGAGACCUUCAAACAGAAGAAACACUAUGCUUUCUUCGACUGCGCUUACCAGGGAUUCGCAUCGGGCGAUCUCGACAACGAUGCCUGGGCAGUUCGGCAUUUUGUCGAGCAAAAGGUCCCGCUGCUCGUCUGCCAAUCUUAUGCCAAGAAUGCAGGACUGUACGGCGAACGAAUUGGGUGUCUGUGCUUCGUUGGCGAGACAGAAGACGAAACUAAGCGCAUUUCGAGUCAACUCAGCGUCCUGCAGCGGUCAGAGAUCUCCAACCCGCCGACCUUCGGCGCUCGCGUAGUCUCGCUCAUUCUGAACGAUGCCAAGCUGUUCGAGGAAUGGAAGCAGGAUAUCAGUACGAUGGCGAGCCGGAUCAUCGAAACAAGGAGCAAGCUCGUCGAUCUACUGGAGAACAAGUACAAGACGCCGGGAUCUUGGAAGCAUGUCACUACUCAGAUCGGCAUGUUUUCUUUUACUGGCCUCAAACCGGAGCAAUGCAAAGCGCUCGUGGAAAACGGACACAUCUACCUGACAGGCAAUGGCAGGAUCAGUCUUGCGGGACUGAACCCGAGCAACAUCGAGUAUUUCGCCGAGUCACUAGACAAAGCGGUCCGCGGUCAGCUCUAG